AUGCUGGGAGAGGAACAAUCACAAAACGCUCAUAACGGGCAAGAAAUCGAAAAGGAGCUGCCCUUCAUGGAGAGGCCUUGGUUUAAGAAGGCCUACGAAAAGGCCAUCGAGUUCCACGAAAAGGACGAACUGCUAGACGCAAAAGACAGACUGGAGCUGUCGAAGGCUUACAGGUCUAUUGCUAAGGCCCAGAUGUGGGGUGGCUGGCUCGCCUUCUCCUCUGUUUUUUUCACCCCAUUUGCGUAUCGUUACUACAAGACCAACGCUAUCAAGGGCGUCAAAGUUCCCAGAAAUUUUGUCCUGGGGGUGAUGGCUCUGUUUUUUGCUACAAAUGUCGCUGGUCGGUCCAUGUAUGAUCGCAAACUGAACGAACGAGACCUGACCGGUUCCCUGAAGGACAGUCAUGCCUACGAUUAUGGCGAUAACGAUUUCGAAGCCGCUCAGCCCGACCAAACGAAGGAAGUUUCAAGAAACAAAAGACAGUACGAUAUGAUGCGACUUUUAGAUCUAGGGUCUCCCUCUAAAUGGUCAAUGUACUUUUACAUAACGUACCAAAAUCCAGAGAGAAGACUGCCCGAUCCGAAAGCUAAACUAGAACAACUGAAAAAGACCGGCGUCUUCAGUGGUUCGCCCUUCAUGAACCAAAGAGAUCCUAUCGGGCUGUACCGUAACAAAGGUAAGGAAACUUCAGGCUCAAAAGAUUGGGGGAAGGACGAUAACGAUUCAUUGUCUUCGUGGGAGAAAGUGAGGAACGGCGAAGACGGCUCACUUUCAUCUUGGGAAAGUAUAAGGAGUUCGAAUAGAGAUCAACUCCAAGAACCUGGUGCUCAAAAAGAUGAUGGAUCCGGUGUGUUUAGCUCUGGAUUAUCCGAUGACAGUUUUGACACCGGAAAACCUUCCUCUGAUGACGGAUAUGAACGUCUACUACAAAGCGGAAGAAAUCGCUGA